AUGGCAGUGUCCCAGUCAAAAGUGAGUAGGUGUAUCACUGAAGUUUGCAAUGCUUUAAACAAUCCAGCAAUUUUUGAACGUUUUAUCAAAUUUCCAAAAAAUUUUGAAGAACUGAAUAAACUGAGAAUUCAAUUUUCACAAAAAUAUGAUUUCAAUGGAGUUGUAGGAGUUAUUGAUUGCACUCAUGUUGGCAUUAUCUGUCCUACUGUAACCGAUGCCCCACCCGGUAUUAAUCGUAAAGGAUAUCACUCAUUAAAUGUUCAAUAGAUUCUAGAUGAAAAUUUCAAAAUUUUAAAUGUAAAUGCUUAAUAUCCUGGUGGUACACACGACGCUUUUAUUAUGGAACAUUCACAAGUGCAACAAGUGAUAAGAACAAUUCAUGCAUCUGGAUGGGGAACAUAUUAUCUCAUUGGCGAUUCUGGAUAUCCCUUACGUCCUUGGUAUUAA